GGGGGAAGGGUAAGGGCCAAGACGGUUUUCAAGAAAUGAAACGAAAUGUGUGAACAGCGGUUGUACGUAUGAGUAUCAACUUGGGUGUCAUGCCUCGCGAUGAGGAUUUUUCGUCCCUCCUGCUUCACACGUCGAUGGCGAAGUCCAAGUUUUCGCUGUACAGUAUUGAAAGACUGCUCGGAGCGCCGCAGGACGUUCGGCGUGCAAAUUCUGACGAAGCAUCCGCCGUAGGUGUUCUGGAUUUCAGCGUUGCAGCUGUAUCAAAAAAGGAUUCCCAUCCGAAGCUACGCCACCAAUCUCACAACGUUUCCCGGCACGUCCCACAACAGCCGUCCGGGAAUUCCAGUCCCACGUCUUCUUCUGAUCAUCAGCGUUCUUCGGCGAAUGACGAGACGUCUUCUUCCACCGGACCCGGCGGGGACUCGACGUCUUCGCCAUCGAAGCCCCGCAAGGUCAGACGGAGUCGCACGACGUUCACCACAUUUCAGCUUCACCAACUGGAGAGGGCCUUCGAGAAGACUCAGUACCCGGAUGUCUUCACUCGGGAAGAGCUUGCCAUGCGACUGGACCUCAGCGAGGCAAGAGUUCAGGUAUGGUUCCAAAACCGGCGUGCCAAAUGGAGGAAACGAGAAAAGGCUCUAGGGCAGGACACGUCUCCCGGAUCCACCCCUCUCGGAAGCCCCGACCUCGGCCAUCGUCUAGGGCCUGGCGCACCGGACCCCUUCUCCAUCCCUGGUGUUCCCCUUCUGUCACCCGAAGCCCUGUGGCACCACGGACCGCUUCUCGGUUCGCCUUACGGACCCUGGCCAGGACCGAAGCCUCCGCCUUCGUUGCUUUCCAUCUACAUGCUACCGGGCCUGCCUCCAGUAACCCAGAUGCAUCCCGGGUCCUUUAUGACGUCAGCACUGCCGGUCGACCCUCUAGGAGUGCCACUGAAAACCUCCACUUCUAGUCUCGACCUUUUACGUCACAAGGCUCGCGUUGCUUCGGUUGUGACAUCGUCCGUCAUGUCACAGUCUAGGUCUCCUUCCCCAAUUGGAUCGUCAUCGGAUGAAUUGGCGGGAAAGAAGAGUGUGUGCGAUUGAAAGUUGUCGAGUGCAAUUGUUGCUACUAUGUAUCUUCCUUUUUUUUGAAGAUGUGUGCUAAGCGUGGAAUGUGCAAAGUGUGCGAAACAGAACAUUUAUGUAUCAUGUUGUUCACACCGUUGUCACUUCAUAGUUUCAUUUUCUAUUCGUGAUUCUUCUGCGAUUCGCAUCUAACAUUGCUUUGUUCUCACAUCCGCUUCGUUCCUCGAUGUGGUUUUCAGAAGUAAAUUUACUUAACCCACAAAACGUCCGUUCGUGGCCUUACAGGACCACGUGACUCGUCACAUGCCACCACCACGUGGUCGCCAGACUGUGUUUGCCGUAUACGCUCAAAUUGCAUAAAAACUAGAGUAACAAUGCCAAAUAAAAUUUACUGAUUAAAUUUACUGCCACAGAUUUACUGCCGACCAUGACCUUACAAAGCUACCGCAUUUAAAUGCGUUUGGCACAACAGCUGAAGAUACAGCCGUUCUUUUCUUUUUUCUUUCUUGAAACGUCAAUACGUUUCUAUUGUGUCUUCCGUUUUGUGUAGCAUUUUAUUUAUUUAAUAUUCGCCGAAAAAUAUCUCUUCUUUGUAUUUCGUUCUAGUUGCACCUACAGUGUCGCGGAAACUCUUUUACAUUAAUCGACUAAAUGCUAAGUGUUCCAACAAUUAACCUCCCCGCUUCCAGCACCGGAACAUUCAUGUAAUUGCGGGGCAUUUUCCCGCACUUUUCGCGAAGCACUCCACGAGCGCUUUUGUCCUCUCGGGGAAGCUCCUUCGUCCAGCAUGUCGUCUCUGCAAGUAUGCUUGACAGAUAGCUUAAUCUGGUGGCGGGACAUAAUCCCCGGCAACGGAUUAACGCUUAGGGAGCGGAUAAACAGGGUCUGGAACGGAUUUUAGCCACAACAAAAGCAUCUCGCAGUUUCCGUUAGUAAAAUCCCGAGGAGAGAGCGCCAUAGCGGGAACCAAUAAUAAUUAGAAUAGUUAUAAGAUACCCGACAGGAGUUUGUAUUCAUCUGCGUUCAUGCUACUUACCAUUUGAGCCAGUGAAUGUUUUUAUUGGAGUUGGAGCUUACCUCUCUGUCAUCCAUUACGAAGGCCGUAUUUGCAGAGA